GAUGAAUAGUUUUACAUACAUGUGUAAUUUACGAUUUACCGGAUUAACUUUUUAGGAACUUUUCUGGAGGGGUUAAUAUGGAACAUUUGCCAGAGGACAACUCAAGGUACAAAGAUGUCGACUACUGGGAUGAACGCUACAAGACAGAGCAGUGCUAUGACUGGUUGGGUGACUUCUCCAAAUUCCAGCAUCUGAUGGGACAGCACAUUAAAAAAGAGGACUCCAUUCUUGUACUUGGAUGUGGGAACAGCAGCAUGAGUGGAGACAUGUACAUGGCAGGAUAUCAUUCCAUCACCAACAUUGAUUACUCGUCUGUGUGCAUCAGUGCAAUGAGCUGCAGGUAUAAGGAGUGUCCCGGUAUGACCUGGCAGCAGAUGGACAUAUGCCAGCUCUCUUUCCCUGACGCCUCCUUUGACGUGGUGCUGGAGAAGGCAACGCUGGACGCCCUUAUGGUGGAGGAGAAGUCUCCCUGGAGCAUAUCCCAGUCGACUGCCACCUUCAUUCACCAAGCUCUGACUGAGAUCAGCCGCUGUCUUAAGCCUGGCGGACGAUUCAUCUCCAUCACUUUUGCCAACCCAUUUUUCCGGAAGCGUCUGUAUGCCCGCUCGGAAUACAACUGGUCUAUCCAAAACUACAGUUAUGGAGAUGGUUUUGAGUACUACAUGUAUGUGCUGAUCAAAGGAGAGCCACUCAGUGCUGAAGACACAGCUCUGGAGAGAAAUCUUAUGGAAGACCAAACUCCUCGUCCUCCCACAUCCAGGGAAAAGGUGCCAGAGGAAGAAUCUCAGGAAGACUUCUUGUCCACUAUACACCUGUGAUCUACUAUUGGCUAUGAAUGGACAAGAUGUAUUAAAGUAGAGUGUCUAAAUGUAAUUUGUACCAUGCAAGAACUUUUUCUAAUAUAUAAAAUAUUAUAGUAUUUAGAGGCACUGUUCCUGGGUUUUGUCUUAAAACCUGAAAAAUAGAACUAGUUCAUUUUAAACAAUUUGUAGCUGUCCAAAUGUAACUGCGCUGAGUGUACAAGUACCUUUCACAACUUUAAGAGACCAAUCUGGAGUUUGGGCAACGACUAUCACGCUAACAGUUCUAACAGUGCUAACUUCCUGGUUCACAGACAAUAAAAAUGACUUUGUAAUUAGAUGCAGACAGAGAACAGUGGUUUGAUUUUUACAUUAAAUCAUUAAAUUAUUAAAAUUUUAGUAUAUAUCUAUCCUGGGACAAAGAAUAUUUCAUUUUACUAUGCAGAUAAAAAUCAGGCACAGCCCGUUACAUUGUUUACUUUUUUUUUUUUUUUUUUUUUUACUUUACUUUAGGUUAGGUUACCAUAUCUACCUCCUAGUGUGCAGGGGAUACUGUGUUCAUAUAACAGAUUUUCAGCCAAGUGCUCUUUGAACAUAAGUUUUUUAAUUGCAAUUUUUAGUGCAUUAUCUAUUACUUUGAAGACAGAGCAGUCUCAAUAUAAAAGGCACAUUGCUAUAUCUAUAUCUCUCUACAAUAUACUGUUAGACUGUCUAAUAUGAGUCAUAGUAUCAUGUGCUUGGUACUCCAAAUUGAAGGGGAGUGUCCCAUGUAGCAGCUCUGAGGUGCAGUACUUGUUGGGGUAACAUGAGUAGAUUUCUCACUACAGCUUAAAUAUAGACCAGAGAAGUAAGAGGCUCUUGUGCAGACAGGCAGGGAGACUAGUGACUGGAGGCGACCACAUUAAUAAAGAAGAAAUCAUUUAUUUUUAAUUCUCCACUGAGAUCUAAUUACUGCCUAUUUUAGGACACCAAAAAGGUGUGAUUUUUCAGAUGACUUUCUCAUUCUUUCACCUAUGGCUAGUACAAGAAAUACUUAACAGCGUAGGUCCUCAAUGAUUCAUUAUGGUCAACAAAGUCUUUGUAAAAUGAUUUAUUUGAUUUUAAAUGGUUGUCGUUUUUAUAACUUCUUAUUUCCAGGCUAUGUCAGUGAACCCUCAACUCAGUAUUCUUUGUAUUUGCUAGUUUCCACAGUGAUCAAUAGUUAUAAAAUACAAAUACUGACUGGAGAAAACAUGAUCCAAUAAACCGGCAGUCUGACAUGUUUAGUCGGGGUUUAUAAAAGGUUUGUAAUAUGGACAGUAGUCACAGUUGCCACUGUAUCAUUUUAAUAAAGUUUUAACAUUCA